AUGGGUUCAAAAGAUGUGAAUAUUAAAGCGUGGGAAUGGACUUUGGGUUUGGUAUUCAUAUUUGCUGUGGCAACAAUUUGGAUAGCUGCUAGCUUUGUUGUGCAGUCUGUUGUUGAUGCUGGUGUGUCACCAUUCCUUAUUACUUAUGUAUGCAAUUCGUUGUUUGUGGUAUUGAUUCCAAUUGUUGAAAUUGGGAGGUAUUUGGAGGAUUCUUAUGGGGGUUUAUGGUUUUGGAGUAGCGAGAAGAGUAAUUCCCAUAUGGAAGGAAUGGUAAGACAUUCAGAGCAGGCUGUCCUUCUCAAUGAUAAUGAUGCAGGCAGUGAAGCCAGCGAAUCCUUGGUUGUUAAAGAGGUUGAUGUUGUUACUGAAGAAAGGAACAAUGGUUCUGAAUUGAUGCCAGCAGAUACAGUGAUAAGAGUAUUGGUUGAUCAAGUUAAAGUGAUUGAAAAGGUUGAUCAUCAGCUUGAUGAGAAAGGGCGGUGGCCUCGGUAUAGAGUGGCUAAAGUUAGUCUUUUGAUCUGCCCGUUUUGGUUUUUGGCUCAACUCAGCUUUAACUUGUCAUUAAAGUAUACUACAGUCACAUCAAACACAAUCUUAAGCAGUGCAUCCAGUCUUUUUACCUUCUUGGUCUCCCUAGCAUUCUUGGGUGAGAAAUUUACUUGGUUAAAGCUCUCCAGUGUUCUUCUUUGUAUGGGAGGAACAAUAAUUGUAAGUCUAGGUGAUUCGCAAUCCGGUUUAAGAACAGUUGCAUCGAGUCCUCUUCUUGGAGACAUUUUCGCACUUCUUUCUGCAGGAUUAUAUGCAGUUUAUAUAACUCUUAUUCGCAUGAAAUUACCUGAUAAUGAUGGAAAGAGUGGUGAAGCCAGUACAGCUCAGUUUCUUGGAUUCCUUGGGCUUUUCAAUGCACUUAUUUUUCUUCCGGUUGCCUUCAUAAUGAAUUUUACCAUGAUGGAAACUUUUAGUACAGUUACUUGGAAACAGUAUGGUAUGAUAAUUGGUAAAGGUCAGUAUUCACUAUUUUUUAUUUUUUUGUUCUAG